ACAUAAGGUUACUCGAUAUUUACGGUGUUGAUAAAUAAAUAAAGAUGGGGAAGGUACCUAAAGCAGCGAAGAGCUUGAAGGAAAAUGAAAAAGAGCCAAAAGUGAAGAAGUUAUUAAAUAAACCUGGGGUCAAUAAAGGGACCGGUAAACUUAACCUUAAAGAAGCACGUGUUCCUUUGAUGCAAAUGCUGAAGAGUAACUUACAUACAGAUAAAAAUGUAAAUUUUUUAAAAGAUUCUAAAAGCUUGUCGAAAAAAAACAAUAAAACUCCUUCAAGCACGGUUAAAACUGAAGAUAAUAUCAAGCCGAAAGUCGAUUUCAAAGCAGAACAAGUUUCCGUAAUGAAGAUCUUGAAACGCAAAUCUGCCGCUCUAAACGUCGUUAAACCGCCUCAACCGAAGAAAAAAAACGUUUCUUCCGACGUUCCAAUUCAAACACAACUGGCAAAGAAGACAAAGAAAGUAUCGAAGAGUGACAAAAGGCAGAAAGUACCAGAAAUAGGAGCCUCAGACGUUAGCAAAGAAGUCUCAGAAAAGGGUCAAGAACAACUACCAGAAAAAGCAGAGGAUAUAAAGAUCGACAAUGAUCAAGUAACCAAAGGUAUCGCAGCUCUUUUGAAACUUGCCAAGCUACAGGUAGCCGAUAAGAAAAAGCUAUUUGAUGGAGAGCAUCAGUCAAUAUUGCUUCAGGUGGCGUGCAUUAAGGUUCCAAAAGUACCAAAAAGGCAACUCAGAAUUUUACUGCCGCAUACACUUGUAACAGAUACCGACGACGUAGCGUUGUUUGUGGGGGAUAUGAAAAAGGGCCGCAGACAAGACUUUGAGCCUACGAUAGACCAUUAUCAAGAUCUGCUCAGGAAACACGGUUGCAAACAGAUCAAGGAUAUAAUACCGUUAACUCAGGUGAAGACUGAAUUUGACCAGUAUGAACUGAAGAGAAAACUUUUGUCAAGCUACGACUACUUUUUAACAGAUGGUAAGAUAGCCGGACAUCUGUCGCAUCAUCUAGGCAAACUGUUUAUGGCUAAACGCAAACUCCCAACAUCUAUCAGAAUGAAUGCCAAGAAUUUAAAUCGCGAAAUUGAUAUCGCGCUCAAGAAAACCAGCAUGCAUCUGCAUUCGUAUGGAGACACUCAUAUAGUACAAGUUGCGCAUACCGGAAUGAAGAAACAAGAAAUAUUUGCAAAUGUUGUAAGCGUUUGCAAAAGUCUCGCCGAUAGUUACCCAGGUGGAUGGCCAAACAUCAGAAGCCUCAUUCUAAAAACAUCUACCAGCUUACCAGUGCCAAUCUACAUCACGCUGAAGAGCAAAAACAAGGUUAAGGUCCCAGUCGUUAUACCAAAACGACCCAAAGCUUAUCAAACUCAGGUAGGCGAGUUGAGCACGUCGGCCAGCAACGCCAAGGUUGUAGUUCACCCCGAUGGUACAGUGAAGGUAGAGAAAGACAAGGAUAUGAUCAUCAAAAAAGUUGACAAAUUAGCAGGAAAAAAAUCAAAGCUGCCUGCAGAUAAAGAAACAGUGAAAAAAUCGAAACGGAACAAACAGCAAGCUGCUGUUACCGAAAGCCUGGCAGAAAAUCAAGAAGCAACAGAAAUUGAUGAGCCAUUCAAUAUGAAAGCAGAGGACUCUGAUGAUGAUAUAAAAACGGCAAUUAAUGCAAAGACGUUUGCGGAUUCUGAGGACGAAAUUGAAGAUGCGGAACAAGCGUAUCUCAGUCAGUGGCAGCAGGAAACCAUCUCUACGACUGCCGAAGACAAAGAACCUAAAAAGAAAUCUAAGAUCGUUAAAAAAAAAAGGAAAACUAAGGCGUGAUUUUUAUAUCCCGAAGAUUAAUGAAGUACCCAUUAAUAAUAAAUGAUAAUUGUACAUUUAGC